AAGAAAAUAGGAAAUCACACGGUUGAUAGAAAGAAAGAAAAAAGACGAAAAAAAAGGGAGUUAAAUGAAAACAGUUUUGGCAGACGAAAGAACGGGACUCCCCUUGUGUAAGAGGAGACUACUAGUCAGACAUUAUUCGCGAUCGUUGCACGAUCUCCCGAAACCAGAUUGCGAUCGGUGGGGAUCCCAAUUAAUGCAUCAGAUUAAGUAGUUGUCUCAUCUCGAAGGUGGAUCACGUAUUACCGUCGAGAAACGAUGCGCGCUGUUACGACGAUUCUGCCUCUCUCUCUUUCUCUCUCUCUCUCUCUCUCUGCGUUGGUUGGACACCAGGAGCAUCUGACGAAUAACGACGGAUUGUAAGUAAAAAAAUGGCGGUGAAGAAAGAGAGCUUUGGGGUUGGGUGGGGAGUAUUAAGAGAAGACACCAUCCCCCUUAUCCUACGUAGACAACCAACCCAUCCCAUCCCAUCCCAUCCCAUCCCAUCCCAUCCCAUAUGACCAUACUGUUGGUCACAAAUGGACAAUGAUUCCAGGAGGCAUGGUAUAAAAGCGUAUGCCACCGACUAACAAUGCCAUUAUCGUGCAAAAGGUUCCUGCACCACCAGCAGCGUAGUACACCACCAGCUAGAAUAGGUGCUCUUAUAGUGCUUCGAUAACGAGUGAAGAAGAAAACUUGCAGAGAGUGCUUUAGUCGUAAUACCUCGUCUAUUAAAUCCCUCACAUAUUUUCAAUCAAGAAUUUGGAAUUUUUUGGUCAUCCAACAUGACUACUUGUUCAACGAUACUUUCUUUCAUUUUGUUUGCAUCUAUAACGAUAGUUCUGGUGGACUCCCGAGCGAUACCUGCUGAACCUGUUUCACUUAUGAUGGACGCCUAUGGGAACCCGGUAUUAUUCGUAAGAGAGAAAAGGACACCGAUAUCACCCUAUCCCCAAAGAGCAAUGAUGUUCACCGGAUAUUACAGGCCAGUACGUCGUUCGAAUAACGGUGGUCAGGCAGGUGGUGUUUUUGCUCAAGGAAAUGCCGUCAGUGGGGAAGCUUUCUUCGGUGGCAUGCAAUCGUCCAAUUUUAAACCUGGUCCUGAACCUAUCGAGGAACCGGAAGUGUCCAGUGCCGAGGCACAAGCUGCUCCAGAACCUGAAGAACCUUUGCCUGAAAAUGAUCAAGAACUACCGGUACAAAAUGACGAUAGAUAUUUAUCGGAUGAUCAACAUCACGAUGAUCAAGAGGAACAACAUGGUAUUCAAGCUAACGAACAGGAAUUAAACGUUUCGAAAGCCGAAAUUGAAACAUCUGUAUCAGCCGAAGAAUCAAUAGCACCUUCUACCGAAACAACGUUGAUUAAUCGUCCAAAAACGAGUACAGGAAAGAAACAUAAGAAAAUACCAGUGGUCCCAGUUGAAGAUGACGAGGAAGAGGAUGAAGUAGAUGAGGAAGAUGAUGAUCCCGUUGUACCCUUCAUACCUUUCAAGAGUAAUCGUCGUCGUCAAGGUUAUCCAAAUCUAAACAAUUUUUUCCCAAUGGUAUUUAGUUUCCCCGGUGCAUCAUCUCGUGCUGGAACACCUGGAUCACCACCUGGAACAAUCACUGCAAUUGCUAACAGUUAUUCCACUGGUAAAAGUGGUGUUGCCAGUUCUAUAGCGACGGCAUAUGGUGGAUCACCUAAUGGUAAAAAACGACGUACAUCACCAGCGGAAGAAUAAAUCUUAUAAGCAUUUAUAAACAUUUGCAAGGAGAUCGAUCAAAAUCGCAUCACAAAAACAAAAGAAACAAAAAAAAGAAGAUCGUUGUCCUCCUCGAGACUUAAUUUUGUAAUAUUUAGGAAAGGAAAAAAAUAACGACACACGUUUGAAUUUAAUCCUCCCCUAUAGUAUUUCUUACUGUUGUUGAU